CAUAUGUGACUAUAAUUAUUUCAAAAAGGGACAUUUGUUUAUUAAAGUGACUAGUUCCUGAGUUGGUUAUAGUAUGCAUUCAAGUGGGCCUUUUUGUUUGAUUGGAUCAUGGUGCAUUUAUUAUGUAGUGAAGUUGAUUACUCCAUUAAUCUGCUUCAAUUAUUAGUUUGUUUUGAAUUACAAAUAUUUUGAAUAUGUGAUUAUUAAGCAAUUGAAGUAGGAAAUAUUAACGUUUAAACUAGGACUAUGUACACUUCGUUAGUUCGUGGUCUUAAGAUGUGAAGAAUUAGCUAGAAGUGCAUGAUAGAGCUAGAUGGAAAUUCUAAAAUAAAGAAGAAACAUAAUCUGAUGUAAUGAGUAGAAAAAUUGCAUAUUGUUCUACAUUUUUUGCUAGAUUACAGACAUGUUCGGAAAGAUUUGAUUUUCUUGAUCAGCUAUUGACAGCAAGUUCCCCAAAGGGUGUCAUGGGGUUGAGCAAAACUGAAGUGAACUUGAAGAGGUUACUUGUAACUGCACCACAGCAGCAAAAUCAAGCAAAGCUUAUACAUUAUGUUGCCACUUUGCGGGAACUACUGGAGCAGUUGGCUGACGAGAGGAAUUCUGAUGGAUUACCAAGGGUUUCAAAAGCCAAGGUGAAUGAAUAUGCUGAGAACAUUGAAGCUGUUGCUGCCAAGUUAGCUGUGCCCAUGUCUGAUAUGCAUACACCCGAGGAACCUGUGGGUGAGACUUCCAGCAGUGGAACUCCUAAAGCAGAAGAAAGUGUGAAUUCUGCUUCUGAAGGAUUGAGAAGAAGAUUUGGGGUCCAUUCAAACAAUGAGGAGAGAUCUCGAGAUACCAUUGAUUCUGAUCAAUCAUCAGCUGCAGUCAAACUGGAUGAUGCUGCAUGGACACAUAUUGAGAAGCAUAGGAAACUUCAGGAGGAUUUGACUGAUGAAAUGGUUGUUUUGGCACGGCAGCUCAAAGAGAGCAGUCUCAUGAUGAAUCAAUCCAUCAAAAAUACUGAGAAAAUACUCGAUUCAACUGAGAAAGCAGUUGAGCAUAGUCUGGCAAGUACAGGGCAUGCAACUUCCAGAGCUAUGGACGUCUAUUCUCGGAGUUUCAAGACUACAUGCUUCCAGUGGCUUUUGAUUUUUGUCAUGACAUUAGUCUUUGUCAUGGUUGUAUUACUUAUUCGAGUCACUUAGCACUUAGCACUUAGCAGCCAACCCCUUUGUUAGUGGAGAUAUAACACACAACUCUUGCCUUUUCCCCAUCUGUGUAUAGUACCAGAACAUACCUCAUUAUUAGGGACAGGCAAAACCACCUGCAUUACUCUCCUUUAAUUUUAUUCAAGUUUAA